UCCACGCAGACACGGGGAGAAUGUGCAAACUCCACACAGAUUGUCGCCCAAGGGUGGGAUCGAACUUCGGUCUCUGGUGCCAUGAGGCUGCACCCCUGAGCCACUGUGCCAUGGUACCACCCAGGCCAUUGCCUUCUCUCUGGCUUACCCCCAGUCUAUGUCGCGCGCGUGUUUUCUCUCUCUCUCUCUCUGUCUCUCUCUCUGUCUCUCUCUCUCUGCCUCUUUUCCGCACCCGGCCUCAGACGCUGAGCAACCCCGACACGUGUCAUUCCUCACGUUGCAGGGAGAUGGGAGUCGGCGGACACCGCUGAGAGAGGCGCGGCCAGGAUGUUUGGCGGCGGAGGAGGAGGAGGAGGAGGGAGGCAGGGCCGGGCCCUGCUGGAGGCCCGCUUCCACUACCAGUACCAGGCCGGCGAUGGGAGGCUGGUCCGCAUGGUGGAGGGAGAUCGCUUCGUGCUGCUGAACAAAUCCAACCAGGACUGGUGGCGGGUCCGCAGAGAGGGCGAACCCAAGAGAUCCAAGCCCAUUUACGUGCCCGCUGCCUACGUGGUCGAACUGCCCGAGGAGGCGCCGGCAGCAGCCCACGCGGGGAAGCGGGCCAGCCUGCCCGGCAAGUUAAGCCCGUCCAGCCUCGACGUGACAGGUGCAUGGACGGGAGUGGCGACAGAGAAGAGGAGCACCCUCAGUGGGGACCCGGCUUUCCGGCAUCGCUUCAGCUGGGCAAACCUCGGGCACCUGGUCCCACAAAGCCCACGCGCCAGCCACCUGCUGACUCCCCAUCCCUCGGACAGGUGCAGGGGCAACGUGGCAGCCAUCGUCCACGCCUGGCCACCGGGGACGCCUCUGGAGUCGAGAGGACAGGCAGAUGGAGCUACGGUAGGGCCCCAGGGCGGACAGAGCUAGGGGGGCUCCGGGGGUUAAAGGGGGGUUGGAGUCUACCUACACGUUGCUUCAUUCAGGUCUCAACCUCCCACGAGGAAUGGGGUGAGGCCAUUCAGCCACUCAAACCAAACCUGUCCCACCAUUUCAUUUGCAAUGGUCUGGCACUCACAGUCUCUCUACGUUUCCCUCUCUCUCUGUCUCUCUCUCUCUGUCUCUCUCUC